AUGUCAACGCCAUAUAUUCUCUUAUUUGGAGAUCAGACGGAGACAAACUUUAACGUUCGAGCGCUUUUCGAAUACAGCAAGCAGUCCGACCGCCUUCGGUCAUACAUUCAACGUUCGCAGGAGUCGGCGCGUCGUGCCUUUGAAAAUGCGGCUGUGCCAGACGUGAAGAAAUACGCCUUCGAUUCGUACCUCGGCUUAGAGGAGCGUAUCCUGGCGGAGAAAGUUCCUGAUGUUGUCCUUCGCACAUUACUCCUCUGUUUCACCCAGCUCGGGCACCUAAUCAUGCGACUGGAGAAGGAUGACAGAGUUCGUGCGCUCUGGUCAAAGCAAAAACUCUUAAUAGUCGCUUCCUGUGCCGGUCAGAUCCCUGCGGCUCUUGCAGCCGCAACACAAUCCUUGGAUGAACUGGCCGAUGCUGCAUCAGAUAUCGUGGCCACUUCUGUCCGGGCUGGUCUCGAUGUUGAUCGUCGAACGAGUGAGUAUUCCGAUGACCGUUCCGAGAGUUGGGCCACAGCAGUCGGAGUGUCAUUGGAAGAGGCCCAGGGAGUUGUCGCUACCUUCAAUCAAAGCAAGGUAAGCCAUCGCUCUAUCUGCUGA